AAGUUUCACUCCGGCGCGUGCUCUGCCCUCUCGGCUUUGUGUUGUCAGGCAGAAAGCCCCCCACACACACACACACACACACAAACACACAGAAGGGUGGCCCUGACACACACACUCACUCACACUUACACACACACUCUCACUCCACCAUCUACGAUCACAAUCCGCCUCUCGUCCCGUCGUCUGUUCAAACCGCGGUCAGCCAUCGUCGGUCAUCUCUGCCCCCGCGCUGCGACCAUGUCGGCGGGAGUGGAGUCUGGAUUCUCGAGCGAGGAGGUGCUGAACAGCCGCUUCCCUCUGCACCGGGCGUGCAGGGAUGGGGAUGUCGGCGCCUUGUGCUCCCUGCUUCAGUGCACAUCCAACCCGGCUGACCUCAACGUGGAGGACACCUUCUACGGCUGGACGCCCGUACACUGGGCCGCUCACUUCGGAAAGCUGGAGUGUGUGAUGCGUCUGGUUCAGGUGGGAUGUGGUGUGAACGCGGUGACCUCCAGGUUUGCGCAGACGCCCACUCACAUUGCUGCAUUUGGGGGCCACCCUAAGUGCCUGUUAUGGCUCCUGCAAGCUGGUGCAGACAUUAACAGACAGGACUAUGUGGGCGAGACGCCCAUCCACAAGGCUGCUCGUGCGGGCAGUCUGGAGUGCAUCAACGCUCUCUUGAUUCAGGGAGCGAAAGCUGAUAUGAGGAAUGCCAGUGGGCUGACUGCUGCCGACCUGGCCCACGCCCAGGGAUUCCAGGAGUGUGCGGAGAUUCUCUCCAAUGCCCAGAACUUCCAACAAAACAUGGCUCUGUCCCAUAACGGGACUUUUCUGAGCAGCAUGACCCAGAAUGGUGGCCACAUCCAGGGACGCAGCUUCCUGAAUGGCAUGCCCAACAGAAAGAGGUCAUUUGAUGGCAUGGAAGCAAACCCAGUGAAGAAGUCGAGACCUAACGGUAUGAGCAUGCCACCAGAAAUGCUGAAUGGUAGCAGGCCACUGGGUGGAGCUGGAGAGACCCAGAUGGAGAGCAUGAGCAUGGAGCUGACGGCAACGGUAACCUCAGUGGCAGGUGAGAGACGCUGCAAGGAUCUUUUCUCAAACGGUCACAAUGAACCGCAGCCUCCGCUUGGAUUUGAUGCAGCAGCAGAGAUCCUCAGCGGUGACAGCUCUGCAGGCAGCCUGGUGGAGCACCUAAAGUCUGUUAAAGCACAGCAGCUGUAUGACCAGGUCUUCUUCAGUACCAUGCUCCUGCACCAUGGAUCAUAAAGAACAAAGGAGCUAGUCGGCGGUCCUUUUGUUACUUGAAUGUCAUGUCAUCUUAACAAGAAUUAAUUUGCCUUAAAAACCAGAGUGGUCCUGUAAUUCUUUGAUCCAUUAAUUUUUUUGUUGUUGUAAAGGGCAGGCCCGUUGUUGUGCAUGGAUCUGAAAUGUGUAAGUGAUGAGGUUGAUUAGCAAGUGGAUUUUUGUUUUCUUAGUUCUUAAAAGUUUGGUUAAACUGUAAAUAGCCUUGUUUUGAGUUGUUAUCUCGAUCAUGUCUUCUGAUUCCGUCUCAACUAGAACUGGGGUGAUCCUCUUGUUAACAAAAGCA